AAAGUGGGCGUGGCAUACAUGGAGUCGUAUUGAUCGCAGCGACAUCGCAGACAUUAUCACGUGGCAAGCAUCGAAGUUUGAGCGAUAAAGCGGCACUCUUAGUUGUCUUCUUGUAAGAAGGGUAUAGAAUCAACUGUCAUAGGCUUUAUAACAGAUUAAGAUGGCAUCAGGUAAAAGUGUUAUUCUUGUUACUGGAGGUACUGGUUUGGUUGGAAAAGCCAUUGAAAAGGUUGUAAAUGAUGGUGAAAAAAAAGAAAAUGAAGAGUGGAUAUUUGUUUCAUCCAAAGAUGCUGAUCUAACAAAUCGUGAACAAACUGAGGCUAUGUUUGAGAAGUAUAAGCCCACUCAUGUGAUCCAUUUAGCUGCUAUGGUUGGAGGGUUGUUUAGAAACCUGAAAUAUAACCUUGAUUUUUUAAGGUUAAACACUAUUAUUAAUGAUAAUGUUUUAAAUAUAAGUUAUAAAAUGGGUGUAAAGAAAGUUGUGUCCUGUUUAUCUACUUGUAUAUUUCCUGAUAAAACAACUUAUCCUAUAGAUGAAACUAUGGUCCAUAAUGGCCCUCCUCACAAUAGUAAUUUUGGAUAUUCUUAUGCUAAAAGAAUGAUAGACAUUCAGAAUAGAGCAUAUCAUACACAACAUGGGUGUAACUUUACUUCCGUCAUUCCUACCAAUGUAUUUGGUCCAUAUGAUAACUUUAAUCUAGAAGAUGGACAUGUUUUACCUGGACUUAUUCAUAAAGUUCAUAAAUCUAAAAAAGACAAUACUGAAUUUGUGAUAUGGGGAACAGGUUCACCUAGACGACAGUUUAUCUACUCCUUAGAUCUGGCCCGCUUAUUUUUGUGGGUACUACGAGAAUAUCAAGAAAUUGAUCCCAUCAUUCUCUCUGUUGGGGAAGAGGAUGAAGUUUCUAUAAAAGAGGCAGCAGAAUUGGUUGUUGAAGCCAUGGAUUUCAAGGGAAAAGUAGUUUUUGAUACUGAAAAGUCUGAUGGCCAAUUCAAGAAGACUGCUAGUAAUGCCAAAUUGAGAAAGUACUUACCAGAUUUCAAAUUUACACCAAUUAAACAAGCGAUUAAAGAAACCUGUGAAUGGUUUGAAAAGAACCCUGAUCAAGUUAGAUUAUGAAUCAAAAGGCCAGAAAAUUCUACAUUGUAGGCAGAUUUCAUAUCUUAUGGGGAAUUCACAUGGGUUACUUGUACACAUCUUGAUAUUUUAUGUGGUAAUUAUUUGGUUUUUAUUUAUGUAUUUAGUGUAUAUUAUAUAAAAGCGGGAGGUUGGAUGGCCAAAUGGUUAGCAUGUACGCGCUGUAUCAUAAGGUCUGUCAUUGAGUCAACUGGCAUGGUUUUGAUUCCACGGUUCUACGUGACAAGGAGUAGGGUCGCCUGUCCAAUCUUGUGGGUUUUCUCUGGGUCCUCCGGUUUCCUCCCACUGCUAAAGGCCCCUAUGCACAAGCAAAUUAUUGAAAUAAAAUUGAAUCAUGUGUUAGUUCCGAAAUGACCUAGUUUGUGUCGCGUGGACGUUAAAGCCCUUUUCUCUCUCUCUCAUAUAUAAAUGCAACAAAUUUUCAUGAACAAAUUAUUUUUUUUUAUCAUCAAUUGGGUUUGUUCAUUUAAGUUGUGUCCUUGACACUAGUCAUUACCAAGUUACCAAGGUAUAUCGAAAAAGGCUCCAUUGGAUUUCGUUUCCAGGGCAUAUCUCUCAAAAAUAAAAAUGUAUUAUUUCUAGUUGAAUAAUGUUUGUUUUGCCAUAGAAUCAAAUUUUUACUUAGUUUUGGUAUACAUAGAGAAUCUCCUAGAAGUCUUUUUUGAUAUAAAAAAUACCAACACAAGUCGAUAAUGUUAAAAAAGAACGGGGCAAAGCCAAGGUUUUUUUUACUUUAUCGACGGGUGUUCAUAUUUUUUUAUAUCAAAAAGACUAGUAGAAGAUUUUUUUUUUAUCACCCAACCCUUUCCAUCCUUUUUAAAUGGCCAAUCAAUUUCAUAUAGGAGAUAUCACUCAGUAGAAUAUUAAAGUUAUCACACAAGCGAUAUCUACUGUAGAAUAUGUUAUUGGGUUAUAUCUAAUAAACUACUUAUUAUUGAUAAAUUUCUCAGUUUAUUUGGAAGCAAACAAUUUACUAAAUUGUUUAUGCUUUACAAACCUUUGCUAAAACAAAUAAAAAAAUUGCACUAGUAUUAGCUUACAUUAGAUUAAGAUAUGAUGGUGACUAUAAUUGUAAUGAUAUUUUUGGUUAUUUUUGAAUAUUUACACUGAUUUUAUUAUUUGUUGAUUUUGUAAGUCUUUGAUUUUAUGUAAUAUUAUAAUGAUAUAUUUCUAUGUGGGAAUAAACAUUUAGUGAAAGAGUUA